GCCGCCUAAGCCAGCGGCUGCUGGGAGGGUGUGUCCGCACGCCUGCGGGGCGAGGAGGCCGUGCCCUGCACCUCAGGUCCUGGCCUGGGGCACCGGGGCACCGGGGCGCCCGGCGUCGGAGGCGGUGCGGGGUUGGCGGGCCACAAGGGGUGGGGGCGCGGGGGCGUGGGGGGUUGCUGCCCGGACCGCCCGCGGCGCAGCCUCCUUCCUCUCUCUAUCUCUAAGUGGUGGUGGCUGUGGGUUUUUCUGCAGGUGAGCCUUUUGAGUAAUUUGUUUCACGCAGGCGCCCUGCUGUUGGGUAAAGCGGCAGAUUCACGCUGCUGUCAUUUGUGGUUCAAACGAUGGGCUUCCUGGCAGGGCGCGGUGGCUCAAGCCUGUAAUCCCAGCACUUUGGGAGGCCGAGGCGGGCGGAUCACGAAGUCAGGAGAUCGAGAUCAUCCUGGCUAACAUGGUGAAACCCCGUCUCUACUGAAAAUACAAAAAAAAAAAAAAAAAAAAAAAUUAGUCGGGCUGGUGGCGGGCGUCGGUACUCCAGGCUACUCGGGAGGCUGAGGCAGGAGAAUGGCAUGAACCCGGGAGGCGGAGCUUGCAGUGAACUGAGAUCCCGCCACUGCACUCCAGCCUGGGCGACAGAGGGAGACUCCAUCUCAAACAAAACAAAACAAAAAAUGGGCUCCCUGUCGUGUGUGUGUACCUUUUGGAUUUGAGGGCAGGGGCAUGACAUUGUGAUUUGGCCUCCUGUGACAGUCCAUUCUCAAGGUCUCGCCAGCGUGGUGCAGAAACCCGGCAUACCCUGCCUAUCUAGGAAGGAGGCUUUCCCUUCCCCACCUCCCUCUCCCUCCGUCUCUUCCCUCUAUCUCUCUUUCCUCUUCACUCCCCUCCCCGAGCUCUUCUCUCCCAUCUUUCUGUUCUUUUUUUCUGCAUUAAACUUUUCGGGAGUGUCUUUGUAAAAUAUUAAAAAGCGUUAGGUCUUCAACAUGUAUGUUUAGUUGCAGGCCUGAGAACUGGGAGGAAGCUGGAGAAAAGAUGCCCUCUGAAUAUUUGUGUUUGGCUGCCCAGGCUCGCCUUGACUCCAAAUGGUUGAAAACAGAUAUACAGAUGGAGUCUUGCUCUGUUGCCCAGGCUAGAGUGCAGUGGUGCCAUCUCGGCUUACUGCAAGCUCUGCCUCCCGGGUUCACACCAUUGUCCUGCCUCAGCGUCCUGAGUACCUGGAACUAUAGGUGUCCACCAUCAUACCUGGCCAAUUUUUUGUAUUUUCAGUAGAGACGGGGUUUCACUGUGUCAGCCAAGAUGGUCUCCAUCUUCUGACCUCGUGAUCCAUCGGCCUUGGCCUCUUAGAGUGCUGGGAUUACAGGCAUAAGCCACCACUCCCGGCCGAUAUAUUGGUUUGUUUAUGAAAAUUAUACUGGAUCUGUUACAGAUGAUAGUGUCAAACCAAGUGGAACAAAGAAAGAAGAUCUGGAUGACAAAGAGAAAAAAGAUGAAACUCCUGCACCUGUAUAUAGGGCCAAGUCAAUUCUGGAGAGCUGGGUAUGGGAGUAAGCAACCAGGGAUGUUCACGGAACGCCAGGCACCAAAAGGCCAGAAGCAUGCCCCUGCAGGACCAGCACUUGGCCCUGGCCAUCCUGCUGGAGCUGGCUGUGCAGAGAGGCACGCUGAGCCAAAUGUUGUCUGCCAUCCUGUUGUUGCUUCAGCUGUGGGACAGCAGGGCACAGGAAACUGACAAUGAGCGUUCUGCCCAGGGCACCAGCACCUUGCCUUUGCCCUUGCUGCGAAGGUUCCAGAGCAUCAUUUGCAGUAAGGAUACGCCCCCCUCCGAGGGCGACAUGCACCUUUUGUCUGGCCCUCUGAGCCCCAAUGAGAGUUUCCUGAGGUACCUCACCCUCCACAAGACAACGAGCUUGCCAUUGAUCUGCAACAAACGGCGGUUGUUGUCAUGGCCCAUUUAGACCAUCUGGCUACACCCUGUAGAUGCCUCCGCCGUGUAGCUGUCCGACGUCUCAUAAGAGUCAUUUUUUACAGGUCAGAACUGUAGAAAUAAUGAGGAAGUGACACUUAUACGCAAAGCUGAUUUGGAGAACCAUAAUAAAGAUGGAGGCUUCUGGACUGUGAUUGAU